AUGGCAAGACACAAGAUCCUAAGCUUAACUGUGAUGUAUUUCAUCCAGGCUUGGACUUUGGGUGUGGACUCCAAGAUGGUUAAUCUCCAUCAGCCUGAACUGAAUUCCAGCAUACCCUUAGACAUGGUCCCUAACUCUGUUGACGACAUGUAUAACGGCUGCACUGAACAAAUGUACAACAAGGUGCGGAAGGAAUAUCUUCCAAAUGAAAACAGAAAUGUAGUGAUAUUCAAUGAAUCCUGGAAAAAGGCAGCAGGGUGUGCAAAAAAUGUGAAGGACAGAUUCAAAAAGGACAAGUCCAAGUACAAUUCUAAAGACAAACUUACACAUGAUCAUAUCAAGGCUAUCUGUGCUUACACAGGAGGUCAAACUAAGAUGUACCCAGAGUUCAACGAAGCAGUCCGGACCAAUAGAACAGAGUACACAACCUCCUUCCAGUUCCACUCUCUGCAUUUCCUGCUGACUGACGCCAUUCACCUCCUGAAACUAAACCAAAAGACCUGUCACACCACAUACCGGAGAACCAACAUGGAGUUUGGAGGUGAAGUUAACAAAAUAAUCAGAUUCGGCUUCUUUGCCUCCAGCUCUUUCCUAAAGAACUUGACACAUUUUGGAGAGAAGUCCUGCUUUGAGAUAAAGACAUGUUUUGGCGCUGAUCUGAAGUCCUACCCCAAAAUGGGGAAUCGUGAAAAGGAGGUGUUGAUUCCACCGUAUGAAGUGUUCAAAGUUACUGCCGUGCUGAAGAAAAAAAAUGAUAAAAACCUUUGGUGCGAUGUUGUGUACAAACUAGAGAGUAUCAAACCCCCAAGAGUAACCUGAAUUGCAACAUUUUUAAGAAGCCAAUUAUUAAUUAAGAAAAAUCUAUGUUGAUCUUGAGUAAUUGUCCCUAAAUAGGAUUUAAAUCAAACAGCCAGGCUGCUUAUCCUUCUUAAAGUAAAUAAAGCCAAACAAUGUGUUUUCAGUGUCUGAAGCUUUUAUUGUAUUACGUUUAUUUGUUCAUUGGUGGAUGUCACAUACAAACCUCAUCCUGACUACCUGAAAUAGUGAUUAUUAAGAUGUUUGUACUAGCCUGUGUAUCAGACUCCAUAGGAGACUUUAAAACACUUAUAUGCCUUCUGCAACUUCUGGCAAAAUAAAGAAAGAAAAUCAUUGAGCUUGACUACAG